AUGAGGAGAUUUGUUUACUGCAAGGUGGUGCUAGCCACUUCGCUCAUGUGGGUGCUGGUGGAUGUCUUUUUACUUCUGUACUUCAGUGAAUGUAAUAAAUGUGAUGACAAGAAAGAGAGGUCUCUGCUGCCUGCUCUGAGGGCGGUCAUUUCUCGGAACCAGGAGGGACCCGGAGAGAUGGGGAAGGCCGUGCUCAUCCCGAAGGACGACCAGGAGAAGAUGAAAGAGCUCUUCAAAAUCAACCAGUUCAACCUGAUGGCCAGUGACUUGAUCGCCCUGAACCGGAGCUUGCCGGACGUGAGGUUGGACGGGUGCAAGACGAAGGUCUACCCCGACGAGCUGCCCAACACCAGCGUGGUCAUUGUGUUUCACAACGAAGCCUGGAGCACCCUGCUUCGCACCGUCUACAGCGUGAUAAAUCGCUCGCCGCACCGCCUGCUCGCCGAAAUCAUCCUGGUGGACGACGCCAGCGAGAGAGAGUUUUUGAAGGCCUCGUUAGAGAAAUAUGUGAAAAACCUGGGAGUCUCCAUAAAGAUCAUUCGGAUGGAGCAGCGGUCGGGGCUGAUCCGCGCGCGGCUGCGCGGGGGGCUGGGCCCGCUGCUGGCCAGGAUAAGGGAGGACAGGAAAACUGUCGUCUGCCCAAUCAUUGACGUGAUCAGCGACGACACGUUUGAAUACAUGGCUGGGUCGGACAUGACUUACGGAGGGUUUAACUGGAAACUGAACUUCCGCUGGUACCCGGUUCCUCAGAGAGAGAUGGACAGGAGGAAAGGGGACAGGACCUUGCCCGUGAGGACCCCUACUAUGGCUGGGGGCCUAUUUUCUAUUGACAGAAACUACUUUGAAGAGAUAGGAACUUACGAUGCAGGAAUGGAUAUCUGGGGUGGCGAGAAUCUUGAAAUGUCUUUUAGGAUUUGGCAGUGCGGCGGCUCCCUGGAGAUUGUCACCUGCUCGCAUGUUGGGCACGUCUUCCGAAAGGCCACGCCGUACACCUUCCCCGGCGGCACGGGACACGUCAUCAACAAGAACAACAGGAGGCUGGCAGAGGUCUGGAUGGAUGAGUUUAAGGACUUCUUCUAUAUAAUAUCCCCAGGUGUUGUCAAGGUGGAUUACGGCGACGUGUCCGUCAGAAAAGCACUGAGAGAGAGUCUGAGGUGCAAACCCUUCUCGUGGUACUUGGAGACCAUCUAUCCCGACUCGCAGAUCCCGCGGCGCUACUACUCGCUCGGCGAGAUCAGGAACGUUGAAACCAACCAGUGCUUGGACAACAUGGGCCGCAAGGAAAAUGAAAAAGUGGGCAUUUUCAACUGCCACGGCAUGGGAGGAAAUCAGGUAUUUUCGUACACUGCUGACAAAGAGAUCCGCACGGACGACUUGUGCCUGGACGUCUCGAGGCUGAACGGCCCCGUCAUCAUGCUGAAGUGCCACCACAUGAGGGGGAACCAGCUCUGGGAGUACGAUGCCGAGGUACCCGAGGCGUCGGGGACGGCACCCGCGCUCGCCACCCAGCUGCCACCUUAG